GACAGGAAUUAGGUCAGGAGAACACUUCCCUUCUGCGCAGGAGGCAGUCGAGUGGGGGCUUUCCGACUGAGGGAUAUAGUUGGGGAGCAGGAAACUUGUUUCUGACCCCUGCAAGUCGGUGUAAGCCUGGGCGCUGCUUGUGGUCCCUGGGGUCUUCAGGUUCCUUGGCGCAGCAGAUUUCAAGGCUAAAAGAGGAAGACUGCUUUUGAUCCCUGCAGGUAGGGGGCUGCCUGGGGCCCUUUGGUGUAGGAUUACCAGGGAUCAGGACAGAACCUGGGGGACUCACUGCCUUUCCUGCCCUAGUUAAGUGCAGGAUGUGUGAGCACGGGCCUAAGGAAGAAUUUAUGGGGAAAAUGGUGGGCUUUGUAGCAGGGCUGGGUCUGGAGCGUCCCCUAGAGGGCGCACGAAAUCUCUCAGAUGGGAAAACCUUUUCUGACAGCUCUGAAUUCUGUUGUUAAACGCAUUCCAUCCUUCUUGCUUCUUAUCCCCUAGGAAAAGCAAGAAAAAAAAUCUCAACAUGGAAAGUGUCCCCCAGGAAAGCAAAGGAGAAGAUCAGGCUCCAGUGCAGAAUGAAGAAGAAGCCCACCCUUUGGGAGGUGGAGAAGGCCAGGAGCCUAGAGGAAAUAUUAGAGCGGGUUGGGCCCCACCUGCCCACGAUGGUAGAGAGGACAUGCCCAAUAGGCUUGUCUAUAACCUUCACAUGAUAGACGGAGAUGCAGAUGAUAUGGAACGGUUCAUGGAGGAGAUGAGAGAAUUAAGGAGGAAAAUUAGGGAACUUCAGCUGAGGUACAGUUUGCGCAUACUUAUAGGAGAUCCCCCUCACCAUGACCAUCAUGAUGAGUUUUGCCUUAUGCCUUGAAUGCUAAGGUUAAUAAUAAUAACCCCCCUGCUUCCCAAAGUUGUAUUUUCUUGAUGUACCCUUUACUGUGAACCUGUGGUGUUCUGUCAUUUUUCUGAUUAGAUAUUUCAUUUUGACUUAGUCUGCAAGUUUUUCUGUCAGCAGGGGAGUUUCAUCAACUUGCAUGAAAAGAUGUUUGUUACAUACUGUGAAGGUAAUAAAGCAGUUAAAAAGCAA